AUGGGGUACACUGGCACCUGGCCCCCCACCCUGCCAGACCAAAGGAACCCCCACACCAAGCAGGAGGAGGCGGCCCUGGGACCAAGGAGGUGGAGGACGCAGGGAGACAGCUCCUCGUGGGACAGAUGCGGGGGGAUGCUGGGAGAGACAGUCAUUGAAAACGGUCGUGUACUUGGAGAUGCCACAGAGUAUGGAGAAAAUGAAAUACUGAAUUAUAGGUGUGAUGAACAGUUUAAAGUAGCAAAUGGAAUUCCUUCAAAAUGCACCAAAGUGGGGCAAAUAGCAGAUUGGAUUCCAACACCGAUGUGUGAACAAAUAAGAUGUCAUCUGCCACUGCCACCGCUCAGAGGGACUACAUAUGAACCUGCUUUUAAAAGUGUAUUCUUCCCGGGAGAAACUGUGACGGUCACCUGUGGGAGUACAUAUUGGAUUGAGAGGACUGACAAAACCUUCACAGAGGCCACUUGCAAAGGAGAUGGGGAGUGGAAUAUCAGACCAGUAUGUCAAGAGGUUAUAUGUUCCAAUCAGCGAGACCAGUUUGUGUCUUACUGGGGCGUCUAUUACUGGCACCAGAAAAAACUUGGGGACACUGCAUCUUAUGCCUGUAAGAGGGGCUAUAAGAGUCAGCUGAGAGACAGUCUCUCCAGCAUGUCCUGGGUCUUCCCCGGGGCGUCCUACCGGUGGGACAUGCCAGUGAACACCCCCUUAUUGAGGUUUCCAUGA